AUGCCAUCGUUGCCGUCAUCCCAAGCCUUUUCGCCCGAAAAUGGCAAUCCUAGCUGUGAAAAGGUUGAAUUGCAGUUGGCCGGUGCCGGCGCGAUGGCGGCAGCAGAGGCCGAUUCAAAGCCCGAAAUGGGAUUGAUUGUUCCGAAAAGGAAUGUUUCCGACCUUUCGUCGCUUUUUGACCGCCUGUCGCUCGAAAAAAGUGCUAACCCUCCAUCCCAUAUGGUCGAAGUGAGAUUCUGCAACGCUCUGCCAACCGCAGAUGAAAUCAAAGCCCAUAUUUUGGCCAAAUCCAAAAUCCAUGCCUCAACAUAUUCCAUCGUCGAUCCGGAUGCAGAGGCCUGUCGGAUCACACUUGUCUUCAACACACUUGCUUCGGCUGCCUCUUUUGUCAAUGCAAAUAUGCUUUCAUCCACAGCAGACGCUGGCCAAAUAGCGGCCACCUCUUGUUCUACAAGGCCAACAGGGUGUGAUCAUAUCGGAGAGUCACGCUCCAACUUGACCACAGAUGUGAUGGAACCAGCUGCAGCGACGUUGAGCAUCCCGCCCCCGUAUUCCCUUAUGGUGAAAUCAGCAACUUAUGUGACCAAGGCCAGUAGACCUGUAGAUAGACCGAGAACAUGCGCAGUAGCAUCGAGGAUGAUUAAACAUGCCCUUUCAAGAGCCCCAAAAUAG